AUGAAAGCGUUUUUCAAUAGUAGUACUUCCAGAAAUUCCUUUUUCAAACAGGAACAAGAAAGGAUAGAGUCGAUAAUUAAAGAACCUUUACUUGAAUAUGUCCUUCAAGAUUUGCCUCAUUUACAAACUACAAAAGAACAGCAAGACGAUAUCUGGGAAAUGAUAGCUAUUAAACUAAAUACUGAUCAGUUUCAAUCAACAUUGACAUCUACAGACAAUAACAGCAAGGAAGUGGAUGAAAUUGCCACGCUUAACGGACCGUAUAUCAAGGACGUAUAUAUCAAGCUCAUGGAUGAUUUCAUGCAGCGGGUUUAUUCUAUAAAUCGAUAUAAGCAAGUAUACAAGUCUGAAUAUACUAGACCCCCAGACGGUGGACCAGCUCCAAUUGGUUAUGCAGCAUUCUCCUUGCCCAUAAGAGAGAUUUUGACGGAGAGGAUAGAUAAGCUAUUAUGUGAACUAUUUUACUUGAAAGGGUACGAUGUCGAAAUCAUGGCUAAACUAAGCAAGGAAAGGUUCGAAGAGCAGCAACGAAAUGAAUAUAAGAAUAAGCUGUCUGUUGCCAAUAAUUUAAAUCAAGAUCAAGAAGCGCAUAAAGUAAGUCUAGAUAAUACCUCCGCCGAUGAUGAUAAGGAGAAGACCCACAAAGCGUUAGAGCAGAUGAAGGAGCAACUGGGAAAGCUGAAACUAGAUUUUUACGAAAAGGAAUUCAUCAAGAAAAAUAAGAAACUCGACCAAUUAAAUAAUGAAAAUAAACGUUUAUUGGAAUUGAACCAUGAAUUGGUAAUGGAGUUACAAAAUUUAAGAGAGUAG